AUGCUGCAGUCAAAGUCAGAUGACCUGUCUGCCCUGGUAAUAGAUAAUGGGUCGGGGAUGUGCAAGGCAGGCUUUGGUGGGGAUGAUGCCCCUCGCGCUGUGUUCCCCUCUAUUGUUGGACGGCCUAGACACCAGGGUGUCAUGGUAGGGAUGGGCCAGAAGGACAGCUAUGUCGGAGAUGAGGCCCAGAGCAAGAGAGGCAUUCUCACUCUGAAGUAUCCCAUUGAGCAUGGAGUAGUCACCAACUGGGAUGACAUGGAGAAGAUCUGGCACCAUACAUUCUUUAAUGAGUUGCGUGUGGCCCCUGAUGAGCACCCCAUUCUACUCACCGAGGCACCCCUCAAUCCCAAAAUCAACCGGGAGAAGAUGACUCAAAUCAUGUUUGAGGCCUUCAACACACCUGCCAUGUAUGUUGCUAUCCAGGCUGUUUUGUCCCUCUAUGCUUCUGGACGGACCACAGGCAUUGUCAUGGACUCUGGAGAUGGAGUCACUCACACUGUGCCCAUUUAUGAAGGGUAUGCUCUGCCCCAUGCCAUCCUGCGCCUAGAUUUAGCAGGUCGGGACCUGACUGACUAUCUCAUGAAGAUUCUCACUGAGCGAGGCUACAACUUCACCACUACAGCUGAGCGGGAAAUAGUACGUGAUGUCAAGGAGAAAUUGUGUUAUGUGGCUUUAGAUUUUGAGCAAGAGAUGGUCAGUGCUUCCACAUCAUCCUCACUGGAAAGGAGCUAUGAGCUGCCUGAUGGGCAAGUAAUCACCAUUGGGAAUGAACGGUUCCGGUGCCCUGAAGCCAUCUUCCAGCCCUCUUUCCUAGGCAUUGAGUCUAGUGGGAUCCAUGAGACAACUUUCAACUCCAUCAUGAAAUGUGAUGUGGACAUUCGUAAGGACCUCUAUGCCAACACUGUGCUCUCAGGAGGCAGCACCAUGUACCCUGGCAUUGCUGACCGGAUGCAGAAGGAAAUCUUGGCCCUGGCACCCAGCACCAUGAAGAUCAAAGUCAUUGCUCCUCCAGAGCGUAAGUACUCAGUCUGGAUCGGUGGUUCCAUUCUGGCCAGCCUGUCCACCUUCCAACAGAUGUGGAUCAGCAAGCAGGAAUAUGAUGAGUCUGGUCCAUCUAUUGUCCACAGAAAAUGCUUCUGA